AUGGUUACCACUUCUGGGUUAGUUCUUUCCGGUUUGAUGGGCGCUUUAGCCCGCCGGUUGCAAGUUGCUCUCAUUGGUAAGACUUACGAGAAGUCUUUCAACCGGGCUGGUGGCUACAUUCUCUCGAUUGGUGUGUUUUCCGGUGCCUACUAUGUGUUGGACCAAUACCACCAACGUAACACCGAAUUGUUGCAAAGAAGAUUAUCAGCUUUGAGAGAACAAAGAGCCCAAAAGGACAUCUUCUUCGAAUUUGCUGAACAAGGGGACCACCGGUUGUCGCCCAACCGCGGUCGCUUCUUCGACUUGAUGGACAAGUACGGCCAACCCUACCGUUAG